GCUGAGCCGCUGAGGGUGAGCCCGGUCGUUUGAGCUCCACACCGGGAGGCUGCAACCUGCUCACCGUCACAACUCACCCUCUCCAACCAUUCUCCGUAACCACUCAAGCUCUGCUGCACCAUGCUGACUCGCCUGUUCCGCAUGCACGGCCUCCUGGUGGCCUCCCACCCCUGGGAGGUGAUCGUCAGCACGGUAACGCUCACCAUCUGCAUGAUGUCCAUGAACAUGUUCACCGGAAACGACCAGAUCUGCGGCUGGAACUUUGAUUGCCCCAAAACUGAGGAGCAAAUCCUGAGCAGUGACAUCAUCAUCCUGACCAUCACACGCUGCAUCGCCAUCGUCUACAUUUACUUCCAAUUCCAAAACUUAAGACAGCUUGGAUCCAAAUAUAUUCUAGGCAUUGCUGGACUCUUCACCAUCUUCUCCAGCUUCGUUUUCAGCACCGUGGUCAUUCACUUCCUUGAUAAAGAGCUCACAGGCCUGAACGAGGCUUUGCCUUUCUUCCUGCUCCUCAUCGACCUCUCCAAAGCCUGCGCACUCGCCAAGUUCGCCCUGAGCUCCAGCUCUCAGGAUGAGGUGAGGGAUAACAUUGCUCGGGGCAUGGCGGUGCUGGGACCCACCUUCACUCUGGACGCUCUGGUGGAGUGUUUGGUGAUCGGAGUGGGAACAAUGUCAGGUGUGCGUCAGCUGGAAAUCAUGUGCUGCUUCGGCUGCAUGUCUGUGCUGGCAAACUACUUUGUGUUCAUGACGUUCUUCCCCGCGUGUGUCUCCCUGGUGCUGGAGCUGUCCCGUGAGAGUCAGGAGGGUCAUCCUAUCUGGCAGCUGAGUCACUUCUCCAGAGUGAUGGAGGAGGAGGAGGACAACAAACCCAACCCGGUGUCGCAGAGAGUCAAGAUGAUCAUGUCUCUUGGUCUGGUGAUGGUUCACGCUCACAGCCGUUGGAUCGCUGAGCCGCUCUCCAUCAACACCACCAUGGACAUCCAACAGGUGGGCAUGCAGCUGGACCACCUUUCCCCCAGGAGGAUCGAGCCUGCUACACCGCUGUGGCACUUUUACCUGACCAGGAUGUUGACCAUGGACGUGGAGCAGAUGAUCUGUCUGCUGUUGGCUUUGAUGCUGGCCAUCAAGUACAUCUUCUUUGAGCAGGUGGAGAUGGAGUCCACUCUGUCCCUGAAGAACCCCAUCAUGUCCGCCCCCGCCCUCACCCAACGACGGCCUGUUGACACCUGCUGCAGGAAGGAAACACCUGCUCCAAAACCAGCGGCACUCGUCCAGCGUAAACCCGCCCCAACACCUGCAAAUAAGACCGAGAGAGAUGAAGUGAUCAGGCCCCUGUCGGCUCCUCCCGCUUAUCCUCAGGUGAAGAGCGUCUUCGUCGUGGGGGAGGAACAGGAGCUGAAGUCUGAGAGCGAUCAGCCGAGCAUCAACACAAAGCCCCGAGACCUCGACCAAUGUGUGUCCAUCCUAAACAACCCUGAGCUGGGUCCUCGUUUCCUUAGUGACGCUGAGGUGAUGCUGCUGGUGAACUCCAAACACAUCCCCGCCUACAAACUGGAGGCCAUGAUGGAGCGACCGGAGAGGGGCGUGGCCAUACGUAGACAGAUGAUAUCCGCCAAACUCCCCUCCCCCUCUGCUCUGUCCUCACUGCCCUUCACGGACUACGACUACUCCAAGGUUAUUGGCACCUGCUGUGAGAAUGUGAUUGGCUACAUGCCCGUACCUGUGGGUGUGGCCGGUCCGCUGCAUCUGGAUGGGAAGCAGUUCCAGGUUCCCAUGGCAACCACCGAGGGAUGCUUGGUCGCUAGCACAAACCGCGGCUGUCGAGCCAUUGCUCUUGGGGGCGGAGCCAGUAGUCGGAUCCUGGCGGACAGCAUGACUCGAGGCCCUGUUGUGCGGCUGCCAUCCGCUUGUCAGGCUGCGGAGGUCAAAGCCUGGCUGGAGAGCUCAGACGGGUUCCAGGACGUCAAGGCUGCCUUCGACAACACCAGCAGGUUUGCCCGGCUCCAGAAGCUGCUGGUCGGUCUGGCAGGAAGACAACUCUACAUCCGCUUCCACUCCAAGACUGGCGAUGCAAUGGGCAUGAAUAUGAUCUCCAAGGGCACAGAGCAGGCUCUCAGCAGGCUGCAGCAGCACUUCCCUGAACUUCAGGUCAUAGCCGUCAGCGGAAACUUCUGCACUGACAAGAAACCAGCCGCCAUCAACUGGAUCGAAGGACGAGGGAAGUCUGCCGUCUGUGAGGCCACCAUCCCAGCUAAAGUGGUCAGAGAGGUGCUGAAGACGUCGACGGCCGCUCUGGUGGAGGUGAACAUCAGUAAGAACCUGGUGGGUUCAGCCAUGGCAGGAAGCAUCGGAGGAAACAACGCUCACGCUGCUAAUUUGGUGGCUGCUAUUUACAUCGCCUGUGGACAGGACCCAGCUCAGUCUGUAGGGAGCAGUAACUGCAUCACCCUGAUGGAGGCAUCUGGACCCACGGGGGAGGACCUCUACAUCAGCUGCACCAUGCCCUCCAUCGAGCUGGGAACUGUGGGAGGGGGUACCAACCUGCCCCCGCAACAAGCCUGUCUGCAGAUGCUGGGUGUGCAGGGAGCCAGUCAAGACUGUCCGGGUGAUAACGCCCGGCAGCUGGCCCGGGUCGUCUGUGGCACGGUUCUGGCCGGAGAGCUCUCACUGAUGGCUGCUCUGGCUGCUGGACACCUGGUCAAGAGUCACAUGACACACAACAGAUCCAAGGUGAACCUGCAGGAGACUCCGGGUAGCUGCACCACGAAAGCAUCCUGAGAGCCUGAGAGCAGCUCAGCAUCACAGGAGGACAUAUCAAUCAUGAUGAAGACAGAACUCUGACAUCUUCCAAGUGCUUUCAAAGAGUGUGUCUCCGGACCGAUCUGUGUGCUGGAAAUCAGCAGGAUCCACACGAGCCAAUCAGACUCUUGUGUGGGACUUAUCUCGUUUCUUUUUCUUCUUCUUCUUCUUCUUUUUUUUUUUUUUUUUUUUUACAGAGCAGCUAAAUUAUUUCCACAUUUAAGAUGCUUUCUGCACAGUUUGGGAUCAUAAAACAUUUCUGCUGUCCUGUUGCCAAAUGAAGCUCUUUGAAAACGUUUGAUGACUAAAGUGAGGAUGUCUGAAUGUGUGUCUCUGUAAACAACAGGGACAUUAAUGCUUCCUAAAACAGAGUUUUUGUUUGUUGGCUAAGCUUUCAGAAAGCAGCCUCACAGCUCUGGUCCUGGUCCAACCACAAGAAGAAAGAAACGACUCACUUUAAGAAUGAGUAAAUCAAUAUGAAUAAUGAUGAUUUGGAUCCAUGAGGCACUUUAAAACUCAGGCUGCAGCCUCUGUGAAAGGCUGAGUCACGUCUGUACAGAAACAGCAGGCAGGUUGAAAAGAAGGGAGAAUAAAAACAGGAUAUUCAGGUGUCUGCAUUGCUGAUAGGGCUCUGCAACAAAUCGUGAACCAUUCAUUUUGUGAUUAAACUCUGAAAUGAUGAUCAAGAGAAAUUGAAUCGCUCAGCCAACCUCUGCACUGUGUUUCCACACCAAAGGAAAUACCUUUUUUAGCCCGUUUACUGCAGAAACAUGAAUGUUAUAUUUUCACUGUGUGCUGAUGCAGACGUUCUAAUUUAACCUGCAUGAGCCUGCACUGCUGAUGCUUCAAAUAUAAUGUCAUGUUUUUACAGAUGUGGUGUGGGCAAAAUGUAUUCAGUCACAAUAAGUCUGUUUUUUGUCAGCAGAUGGAAAAUAUUUUGGAUAUAUUUUGUAAUAAACACAAAAGAACUUUACAAUGA